AUGGAUAUAAGAUAUAUAAUUGCGAGCCAUUUGGAAAAUGUUAUUCAAAAUGUAACUGAUGGCGGUAUUGGAAUAGUUGAAAUGUUAUUUUGUACAUCGUUAGUUGCUUUAGUCGGGGCUGGCGAACAUCCUUCAUUUUCUCCGAGACGUUUACAAAUUACUAAUACUAAGCGACAAUCAACAAUAUGUGAACUUACUUUCAACACUUCAAUUCUUGCCGUUAAACUUAAUCGUCGUAGAUUGAUUGUUGUAUUGGAACAAACGAUCUUUGUUUACGAUAUUAGUAAUAUGAAAUUAUUGCACACAAUUGAAACUAGUCCUAAUCCAAAUGCAAUUUGUGCUUUAUCAUCAUCAAGCAAUGAUAAUUGUUAUAUAGCAUAUCCAUCACCCGCUCCACCACCAUCUUCAUUAUUUUCCAGCCAUGGCUCACAACAACCAUCCCCAUCUGGUGAUGUCUUGAUUUUUGAUGCUGUACAACAACAAGUUGUCAACAUCGUCCAAGCACAUAAAAGCCCUGUUUCAUGUGUAUCUAUCAAUUCAGAAGCGACUUUGUUGGCAACUGCUAGUGACAAGGGUACUGUCAUUCGAGUAUUUUCCAUUCCAAAUGCACAAAAACUUCAUCAAUUUAGGCCAGUUGCCAACAAAGUCGCUUCUGAAUUGAUAGAUACACAUGAAACAGGGCUUUUAUGUGCUUGGACGAUGUUGACAACUUGUUGUUGUACAGCAUCAAAAAUCAAGACAUCACCAGAUGGGGAUGGUUGUUGUGAGCCAUGGCUGGAAAAUAAUGAAGAUGGUGGUGGCAACGGAGGAGGAGUUGGAGCCGGUGCAGUAGGAUAUAGUGAGCCAGUUUUAGCAGUGUUCCACGGUGUAUUAUUUAAUGACGAUGCUGGUGGUGGUGGUAUAAACACAGCAUGGUGUUAA